AUAUUGGACAGCAUUAUUAUUAUUAUUAUCUAUCUUAUCAUUUUCGUUUUCUUCCCACCAAAUUCCCAACCAUGGAAUUUUUUUCCCUUCCAACACUUAUCUUCAGUGUCUUCAUCUCUCUUUUUUUCAUCUAUUUUCUCAAUCAAAAUCCCAAAAAAUCCGGUUUCAAAAUCUACCCAGUCGUCGGAGCAUUGCCGGAGUUUCUCCUUAACCGUCACCGUUUUCUGGAAUGGACGACGGAUGUACUCUCUAAUUGCCGUACCAACACCGCCGUGUUCUACCGGCCCGGAAAUGUUCACGGCGUCAUGACGGCGAAUCCACUCAAUGUUGAACACAUGCUCAAAGCCAAUUUUGAAAAUUUCCAAAAAGGAAUUCGAUUCUAUACUCGGCUUGAAGAUUUCAUCGGCGAUGGAAUUUUUAACGUUGAUGGUGAAAGUUGGAGGAUUCAAAGGAAAUCUGCAAGUUAUGAAUUUAGCACCAGAUCUCUAAGAAAUUUUGUCAUACAAACUGCACAGGUAGAGAUUCAUACACGAUUGAUUCCAAUUCUUCAAGAAGCAGCAAAAAGGGAUAGAAUUAUUGACAUUCAAGACAUCUUAGAAAGAUUUGCAUUUGAUAAUAUCAUCAAGCUUGCAUUCAAUGUGGAUCCAAAUUGUUUAGGAGGAGCUGAAAGUGAAUUCAUGCAAGCUUUUGAAAUUGCAACAACUCUAAGUGCAGGUAGGUUCAUGUAUGCAAUUCCCUUCCUUUACAAAAUCAAGAAAAUCUUGAACAUUGGUUCAGAGAAAAAGCUACAAAAAUCAAUCCAGAUUGUGCAUGAAUUCGCGGAUAAUAUAAUAAAGUCAAGAAUGGAAGAGCGGGAUGAGAAGAAAGAUGAAGACUUGUUAUCAAGAUUCAUGGGGGAUGGUAAUCAACUUUCAGCUAAAUUCUUGAGGGACAUUGUCAUUAGUUUCAUCCUAGCUGGUCGAGACACAACAUCAUCAGCUCUAACUUGGUUCUUUUGGAUAUUGUCUACAAGGAAAGAUAUAGAGCAAAAGAUAUUAGAAGAAUUAGUUCAAAUUCGUCGAAGAAAUGGAAAAAAGAUUGGUGAAGCUUAUAAUUUCGAUGAGUUAAGAGAAAUGCAGUAUCUCCAUGCAGCUAUUUCAGAAUCCAUGAGGUUAUAUCCACCAGUACCAGUUGAUACAAGGUCUUGUUUGAAAGAUGACAUUUUACCAGAUGGGACUUUUAUUGGUAAAGAUUGGUUUAUAACUUAUCAAACUUAUAGCAUGGGAAGAAUGGAGAAUAUUUGGGGUAAAGAUUGUUGUGAGUAUAAACCAGAAAGAUGGUUUGAUGAUAAUGGGGUUUAUAAGCAAGAAAGUCCAUUUAAAUUUCCGGUGUUUCAUGCUGGACCAAGAAUGUGUCUUGGAAAAGACAUGGCUUAUAUUCAGAUGAAGUCAAUUGCAGCUUCUGUGAUAGAAAUGUUUGAAUUUGAUGUUCAAUUGGAGAAUGGCAAGUGUCCUAACUAUGUGUUGUCUUUGACACUAAGAAUGAAAGGAGGUUUACUUGUGAAGGUGAAAGAAAGAUGUAAGACCAAUAGUUAAAUCGAACCCCCACAAGCCCACAUAGUAAUGAUUCAACUAAAGAUUGAUUCCAGUGGGCACACCCGGCCCGGCUCUCGUCGUUCCAACAACCGGCAGGGUUCUGUGAUUUCUUUUAGUUUGUAUAAAAAAGAUUUUGCAAACAUGUUCUUUUCUCGAUGUCUAUACACCUUCUGAAACUGACCGCACUUUCUUCAGUGGGCUUUUUUGUUGAACCUCGAAUCCGAACCUGUUCAACAAGACCAGAUCCAUCAACAAACCUGGGGUGAAAUUUUAGAUGUGCAAGCAGAGGGUGGAACAAAGGCAUUCCUAUCGGGCGCUUAUAAUUAUGGUAGUUGCGGUGAAGUCAAUUGAUAUUGCAUGAGUCAAUACAUAUCAGGACUCACAACAAUGACAAAAUAUCGUGAAUAAUGGUCACGAGUUUGUAUAUUGUAAUUAUGGUGAUGUAAUGUCUAAUAAUAUAUUAAGAAGAAUGGUUGUUAGUAUCAUGGUGUAUAUAUUAUCUUGCUUUCUUAAAAAGAAAGGAAAACUUUUGGUAAGAAGUUUCAAGAAUCAAUUAUAUAUUAUAUGUGGACCAGA